UUUCUAGCUGGAUGCACUCUACCCGGUUUUUCACUGUUUUGCUCUUACACAGGUUUAUAAAAGUACAUUUUUCAAUAUACUCUGACAUAUCUGAAUAACUUCCCUUUAUUUUAAAGUGUAUCUUGAGCACCGAUAUUUUCUUAGUCGAGAUCAAGGUGCUGGUGAACGAUUGGUUUCCUGACUUUGUAAAGAGAACAACAGGUACGUGUCAGCUUGUCAGUCUUCCGGAAAUCCAGCAUGUCGCAGGAUGCCAAUGUACAGCGACGCGGAACUCUUGCUGGCCUCGUCACUUGUAUGAGGGGCAUGCUGGCGACUGGUGAACUGAGCGAUUUUGAAUUCCACAUCGGACAGGCUCAUGGAGAGAUGAAAUCGUUUCGCGUACACAAGUACGUUCUGAGCAUGCGCAGCCCGGUUUUCCGGGCUAUGUUCUAUGGAAGUAUGGCUAAACCCGGGCAGAAUACCGAGGAUAUUCCCGAUAUUCAUCCAGAAGCCUUCGCUAAUAUUCUGAGCUUUAUGUACACUGACAAAGUGGACGACCUCGACCCCGACAACGCCUUCGCCACAUGGGUCGCGGCUGAUCGAUAUGAUUUGCCCUUGCUGGUGGAAAUGGCUUCCAAAUGCGUCGUGAAUACGCUUAACGUCUCGAAUUGUUGGUACUAUCUGGAGAAAACCGGUCGUCUGGCAGCUGACUGUGAGCGUCUGCAGAAGAAGUGCUUGGAAUUGGUGGACGUUCACAGCGAUGUCGUUUUCCAAUCGAAAGACUGCGAUACGCUACCGCUGACUUCUCUGAAGCUGAUUCUGGAACGCGAUACUUUGACCGCGGAAGAGAAUGUGAUUUACCAAGCCGUUGAGCGAUGGGCUAGGGCGGCGUGCCUCCGAAGUGACGAAGAACCUUCGCCAGCCAUGCGGCGCUCCAAGUUGGGAGAUGCUUUGCAACUCGUGCGCUUUCCGCUUCUCACUGAUGUUCAGCUGGCUGAAGGACCUGGCAUGACUGGUUUGCUGACCGAACAAGAGCGCAUCACAUUCGUUUGUGCAAGCGUCUCGCUAACAAAUCGCCGGCCCAGUUCGGGACCAAGCCACGCCAGCACCGAGCCUGGAAGGCCGGCACAACUUCAUUUCCCGAUGGAGAGGAGCCCAGCGGCGACGCAGCGGUUGUACACCGUCCAUACGAAAUUGUUCGUGCUGGGGAUAUCCUGCAAUCCGGGCGGGAGGUGCGUGCCAACGUGGGCGAGGAAGACGCUCCCGUCUGGGUGGAAGCCAUUUAUCAAUGCGGGCGUGCAUGUCGUCCAACAUGACAACCGCGAGUACAGCGUCCAGUUCCGGGAUAUGACUAUGCGAACCGGGCAGGUGAUGGCCCGGAAAGCCGUUCUCCUGGGAUAGUCAUUGACGGUAUAUUGUUAGGCCAGGUGGAUGAUGCCGGUACGCGCACAAAAACUGUCGUGUUUUCCAUUUGGGCAACAGGGCUUUCGACAGCCGGUGCGAAUUGUUUUCGUGUUAUGUUAGAGUGAGAUUCGUGGAUCAUCAUAGUUAUUAUAUGACUUCAUUUGUGUGUCCACAAAUAUUUUAUUUUAUCGCACACCAGGAAAUUACGCAUGAUAGACUUGACAGUCAACGGUUUAGAGUAUUUUGUCAAUGUUUAAAAUUCAAUAUAAUAAAUAGUGUGUAAAUCCGCGCAAGCGUAUUAGCUUAUGUACAGGCUGUUGCCAAAUAAAAGUCCGAUUUAUAUUUGUCUUUUUG